AUCUCCAUUCUACAAGAGACUCUGAUUCUGAACCACACACUCUGAUCUCAAACACUGAACUCAAGCCUUGUUCCUUGUUCUUGUUCUUGUCAAGUGUCACACCUCACAAAAUGGCGUGUAUGGCUGCUAUAGGUGUUCUCAAAGUACCAUGUUCCUCUUCUUCUUCUUCGACUUCUUCCAAUGUCGGAAGGAAACCCACCUCACGAAGCCUCCUCUCAUUCUCUGCAUCUCAGCUCUCUGGCGAUAAGGUUUCAGGGGCGGUGGUGGCACCGGGAAGAGGGAGUUCCAACCGCCGCAGUCCGGUCAUUGUUUCUCCCAAGGCUGUUUCUGAUUCCCAGAACUCUCAGACUUGCCUUGAUCCCGAUGCUAGCAGAAGUGUACUUGGCAUUAUACUUGGAGGUGGUGCUGGGACUCGUCUUUAUCCACUAACCAAGAAGCGGGCGAAACCAGCUGUUCCUCUUGGAGCUAACUACAGGCUAAUUGACAUUCCCGUAAGCAAUUGCCUGAAUAGCAAUGUGUCCAAGAUCUAUGUUCUUACUCAAUUCAAUUCUGCAUCUCUCAACCGGCACCUUUCCCGUGCUUAUGCAAGCAACAUGGGUGGAUACAAGAAUGAAGGUUUUGUUGAGGUUCUUGCUGCCCAGCAGAGUCCUGAGAAUCCUAAUUGGUUCCAGGGCACUGCAGAUGCUGUGAGGCAAUAUUUAUGGCUCUUUGAAGAGCACAAUGUUUUGGAGUUUUUAGUGCUGGCUGGUGAUCAUUUGUAUCGAAUGGAUUAUGAGAAGUUUAUCCAAGCACAUAGGGAAACCGAUGCUGAUAUCACUGUGGCUGCUUUGCCAAUGGAUGAACAGCGCGCCACUGCAUUUGGUCUGAUGAAGAUUGAUGAAGAGGGACGUAUAAUUGAAUUUGCAGAAAAGCCGAAAGGAGAACAGUUGAAAGCUAUGAAGGUUGAUACUACCAUUUUGGGUCUCGAUGAUGAGAGAGCGAAGGAAAUGCCUUUUAUUGCUAGCAUGGGUAUAUAUGUUGUCAGUAAAAAUGUGAUGUUAGACCUGCUGCGCGAAAAGUUUCCCGGUGCAAACGACUUCGGGAGUGAAGUAAUUCCUGGUGCAACUUCCAUUGGAAUGAGAGUACAAGCUUACUUGUAUGAUGGCUAUUGGGAAGACAUUGGUACAAUUGAGGCUUUCUACAAUGCAAAUCUGGGAAUCACCAAAAAGCCUGUGCCUGACUUUAGUUUCUAUGAUCGGUCAUCUCCAAUCUACACCCAACCACGAUAUUUGCCUCCGUCUAAGAUGCUUGAUGCUGAUAUCACUGAUAGUGUUAUUGGUGAAGGAUGUGUAAUUAAGAACUGCAAAAUUCACCAUUCUGUAGUUGGGUUGCGAUCUUGCGUAUCAGAAGGUGCAAUUAUUGAAGAUACUUUGUUAAUGGGGGCAGAUUAUUAUGAGACAGAUGCUGAUAAGAGGUUUUUGGCUGCUAAAGGCAGUGUUCCAAUUGGUAUUGGCAGGAACUCCCACAUCAAAAGGGCGAUUAUUGACAAGAAUGCUCGAAUUGGGGAAAAUGUCAAGAUAAUUAACACUGACAAUGUCCAAGAAGCUGCAAGGGAAACAGAAGGGUAUUUCAUAAAAAGUGGGAUUGUAACAGUAAUCAAGGAUGCAUUGAUUCCUAGUGGAACUGUCAUCUAAAACCUCCCCCGUUUGUUUACCAAUGGUGAGACUAUGGACCUCAUUUUGUUUCCACCUCAAAGAUAAGCUUUCUGCUGCAUGAUAUAUAUACUUUUGGCUAAUGGCUUGUAUAUAAUAAUAGUGGAAGAGAGGACCUUCUUUGAGUAGUAGUUCCCGUGUAAAGUUCAUUAAUCAAUUCAAUAAAAGCUUCUUCAUUCUGCA